CAUAAUUAUUUACGAUACGAUGGCUACUAGCCCUGACGUUUCCAAUGUAUUAAAAGAAAAUCGUAAUAUAUCAACGCAACACGAUAAUGAGAGUAGUCCACACAAUGUACUGGAGGAAUCAGCCAAAUAUGGUCUUCCACUCCAAGAAGUCUAUAAACUGGCUUUUAAUUUCUAUAAAGAAAAAGAAGGAAAAGCAGUGCAUUUCAGUUACGAAGACAAAUUGCAAUUAGUGGCAUUUUCCCAACAAGUCCUCAAUGGUCCUUACACAGAGGCUGCACAUAAAUUACCUCCACUUGGAACAUUGGAUGUCGUCGGUCGAGAUAGAAGGAUAUCUUGGCAAAAAUUAGGGCAGAUAUCAAAAGAUCAGGCAAGAGCAAGCUUUGUGGAAUUGCUCAGUAGAAAAUGUCCAUUAUUUUCUACCUAUAUAGAAGCGCAUCGAAGAGAGAAGAAAGAACAGGACAGAAAAAUUAAAGAAGAGGAGGCAAGAAAACGAAUUGAAGAGGAAGAAAGACUGAAAAAAAUGGAAGAAGAGAAAUAUCUUGAGGAACAAAUGUUCAAGCAAGAAGCUAUCAAGCGACAAAUACAACAGGCUUUGAAUGAACAGACCUUUGAUCAGUUCCGAAAAUAUUCAGAACAGCAAUACCCUGGAGAUCCAGAGAAGCAGGGAAAUUUGAUAAAACAGUUACAAGAACAGCAUUACAUUCAGUACAUGCAACAACUUCAAGCUGCUCAGAGAGAACCUCUAGAUAACAAAAGUAUCAAUCAGUCAGACAAGGAAGAUAUUGAUGAACGGCCCACACAGGAAAACUCCGAUUCAAAUAACUUGAAAGAUGAAGACUCUGAUGAACAGAGUUUUACAACAGCAAGUAUGUGGACGAGAUCAGAAAUAGAGGUUUUCAAGCAAAGUGUAUCACAAGGAGAAGGUGAUGGGGUUGUUAGAGUAGGCCAUGGUGAAACGGUGACAGUAAGGGUCCCAACCCAUCCUCAUGGAUCUCGGUUGUUCUGGGAAUUUGCCACCGACCAUUAUGAUAUAGGUUUUGGUGUCUACUUUGAAUUUGGCACACCAACAACAGAAGAGGUUUCGGUACAUAUAUCAGAGAGUGACGACGAAGAUUUAGAAGAAUUAGAAGAUGACGAGGUAUAUGAUGAUGAAACAAUUCGCACAAAUGACUUGGAAUCCGGAUCAAUUUCUGUCAAUGGUGUUUCAAAACCUUUACUGCACGAGAUAGUUCCUGUUUAUCGAAGAGAUUGCCAGAGCGAGGUUUAUGCGGGAUCACACCCUUAUCCAGGCAAAGGAGUGUAUCUGCUGAAAUUCGAUAAUUCGUACUCGCUUUGGAGAUCCAAAACACUGUAUUACAGAGUUUACUACACACACUAGUAAUCACUUAUUUUAUCUGUUAGGUUUUUGCUAAGCGAAAAAAAAUUUUUUCAUAUGUUUAUUGGAGUUAUUGUUUAAACUGCGAGCGUACCUUAAAAAUUUUAUGAUUUUGUUCAAAUUGCACAUUAUUUGUUUUUUGGUUUCCAAAUUUUAUUCAUCAAAUUCAAUACAAUCUUUAUUUUUGGAUUUUUGUAUAUGGAAUUUCCUCUACUGAUUAUUAAAAUAAUUAUUUAUAUUAAUGCGAACAUGA